CGCUCAACAGCUUGUUAUUUCGGUUUUCGCUGGGACCUAGGGAAGUGGACGUUAGCGGUGGACGUGUGUGAUGAUCACCACUUCGAGCUGGAACGACCCAAGUGAACAGGACACCCGAAAAUGAAGGCAACUGAUGAGCCUGCCUAUCUCACAGUGGGUACAGAUGUUAGUGCCAAGUACCGUGGUGCCUUCUGCGAGGCAAAGAUUAAAACUGUGAAGCGACUAGUAAAGGUCAAGGUGCUCUUUAAGCAUGACAAUUCUACACAAGUUGUCCAAGAUGACCAAGUAAAAGGCCCAUUGCGGAUUGGAGCUUCAGUCGAGGUGAAAGGAUCUGAUGGUUCUUACCAAGAGGCUGCCAUCAAUAAAUUGACAGAUGCAAGCUGGUAUACAGUAGUGUUUGAUGAUGGUGAUGAGAGGACACUUCGACGAACAUCUUUAUGCUUAAAGGGAGAGAGACAUUUUGCUGAGAGUGAGACCCUUGACCAGUUACCACUUACAAACCCGGAGCACUUUGGCACACCUGUAAUUGGAAAGAAAACAAAUAGAGGAAGGAGAUCAUCGUCUGCUCCUGCACCUGAAGAUGAAAGGGAGGAAGAAUCAAGUGAAGAAGAAGAUGAUGAUAAGCGACGUCUUAAUGAUGAACUUUUGGGCAAAGUCGUUUAUGUAGAUUGCAAUGUGGAUAAAAGAAAAGGCUGGUAUCCAGCUUUGGUGCUGUCUCCAAGUUGCAGUGAUGAAAUCACUGUGAAAAAGGAUCAAUGUUUAGUACGAUCUUUUGCAGACUCCAAAUUUUAUCCUAUAGCAAGAAAGGAUAUAAGAGAGCUAGAUUGGGACAAAGUUUCAAAACCAGAUCUAGUCGUUAAACAAGCACUGGAAGAAGCUCUCAAAUUCCAUCAGCAACGGAUUGUUCCUGAGAGCUGGAAAGUAGACAUGAGUGUCAUCUUAGAAUCCUCAAGUAGUGAUGAAGAGGAAGAGGAAACAGAGAAUGAUGAAGACCACGAGGAAAAGAAACAAGAGGUAGAGGAGGAGCUAGAUCCAGAAGAGAGAGACAAUUUCUUGCAACAACUCUACAAAUUCAUGGAGGAUAGAGGAACACCUAUCAAUAAACCACCAGUACUAGGCUACAAAGACCUGAAUCUUUUCAAACUCUUCAGACUGGUGUAUCAACAUGGUGGAUGUGACAAUAUUGACAGUGGUUCUGUAUGGAAGCAAAUCUACAUGGACCUCGGUAUUCCAAUUCUGAACACUGCUGCAUCUUAUAAUGUGAAAACAGCAUAUAAGAAGUACUUGUAUGGCUUUGAAGAAUACUGUCGUGCAGCUGAUCUUCGCUUUAGGACCAUUCAUCAUAUGGAACCUAAAGGAAAAACAUUGGAAAAAGGUGAAGAGAAUGGUGCAUAUGAUCCAAAGAAAGUAUCUGGAGCUUCAGACGAAGAAACAGAUUUUGAGAAAAGUGAUGAAGCUGCAAAUGAAAAAGAGGAAAAAGAAGUCAUAACUCCAAGAGGCCGAAGGAGAAAUACUACGCCUGCCAAAAAAGAAAUCAAAGAAACAAGUAAAGAAGAAAUGUUGAAUGAGGAAAACAAUAAAGAAAAUAAAGACUCUAAAGAAGACUUGAAAAAACAAGAGAAAGAAAUGGAUGCAGCACAGCAGAAAAGUACAUCAGUGUCCAAAAAUAGAGGAGAGAAGAAUAAGAAAGAUGAACCUGAGAAGAAAUCUGAGGAAGGAGAGGAAUAUAAUGAAGGCAGAGAAGAAGACCAUGGGAAUAGACAAAACAAAGAAGCAGAUGAAAGUAAAAAAGAUGGCGAUGAUGAGGAGGAAGAUGGGGACGAGGAGGAAGAUGACAAUGAAGGAGAGGAGGAAGAGGAGGAAGAAGAAGAAGAAGAGGAAGAUGAAGAGGAAGAUAAUGAAUUUGAACGAUUCCCUUCUGGAACAAAAGUUAAAGUAAAAUAUGGGCGUGGGAAAAAUCAGAAAAUCUAUGAAGCCAAUAUUAGAAAUUCUGAAGUUGACGAUGGGGAGGUGGUCUAUUUGGUGCAUUACUAUGGUUGGAAUACAAGGUAUGAUGAAUGGGUAAAGGGUGAUCGAAUUAUCUGGCCUUCAGAAAGAGGUGCUCCAAAGGGGAAGCACAGAAGAAAAUUGAAGAGUAAACAGGAUCGUGAAAAGGAUGAGAAAAAGGAUGAUGAUAAGCAAAGUAAAUCAAAACGUGGUCGUCCUAGUUUGAAAUCCAUACCAACUGCCAAUUCUCAGCGGAGUUUAUCCAGGACCCCAGGCACCGAGGGGAAAAGUGGCACCAGAAGUGGGCGGAGUAAUGCAUCUGAAUCUUCACCUCUUCUUAAUGGAGUGGAAGGUCUUCCUCGAAGACGCACCAGGCGUAGUUCUGGAAUAUAUGAUUCAGACAAAGCAUCAAAUGGGUCUACCAACUCCUCAGAUGAAAGUGAAUUGGAAGCUGCAGCAAGUAAGUCUGUGAAAGAAGAAGGUGUUUCCAUAAAAGAUGAAGAAGAGAAAUCAGAGGGGAAGAGACUCAAAGAUAGUUGUUUGCAAGAAGCUAAAGAAUUACCAUGUGACGAUGAUGUGAAAGCAGUGCCUGUGAAGCAGGAGACAGAAAAUACACAACCUACAAGCAAUGAUGAGAUAGUGGUGUUUCAAAUUGAAGAUGUACGUAAAGACUUGAUAGAGAGGUCUCCAAAAGGCAAGGGAAGAAGAACUAGAACUCGAGAUAAUUAUUCAGAAAAUAACAAGCCUAUUCUUGCUAAUCACACAGAAGCAACUACUGAGAGUGAACUAAAUACGGAAAAAUUGGUAGUCUUAGAGGACAACCAGCUAGCAACCCCUAGUGCACCUGAAGAAGAAAUUCCAAUUACAGAUACUGCAUUGUCAAAUGAAGUUGUAGAUGAUGAGAAGAAACCAGGGAAAAGAAAAUCUCCAGAACAGUUAACACCUGAUAAAAGGCUUCGGAGGGAUAGUGAAGAUGAAAUGCAAACUGCGAAAGAGGAAGAUACUGAGAAAAAAGAGCUUUUUGGCAGUGAAUGUAAAGAAUAUAAAAUGAUUGAAAGGUUAGAACUUGAAAAUGGUGAUGUUUCUCCAUCAGACAUUGUUACAGGCAUGUGCAUAAAACAAGAAUUGGAAGCUCCCUGUUUAGAAAUUGAAGAGGAUAUUUCAUUGAAAACUGAUGAAGAUACAAUGCCACCGAUUGGGCCUGAAGCUUUAGUUUGCCAUGAGGUAGAUUUGGAUGACUUGGAUGAGAAAGAAAAAAGCAGUAGUGAAGAUAUAGGUGCAGGAAAUUCGAGAUCCAAUUCUCCUGAAUUAGUUAUUGCAGUUGUGUCUACAUCAAUGCAGCAGGUUUUGCCAAUUGCAUCACCCGCACCUGUUCAUCAGGAUGAAGUUCGUAGCGUCAAAAGUGAAAGUGAUAUUACUAUUGAAGUGGACAGUGUUGCUGGUGAAUCACAGGAAGGAUUAUGUGAGAGUGAGUCUGUCAACGGGUUUGAUGCCAGUACGAGCUCAAGUAGCAGUGUCACAGUACAAGAAGCUGAGAACAAGGAUAAAGGUCAGAAAAGAAUAAGCGAUAGCAAUAAUGGGACACCAGCAAAGAAACAAAAGCGUAGCCAUAAACGGUCAAAUGUAUCCAGUAAAAGUGAAAAGAAUGGAACUGGCAACAGCAGUGACAGUGAAGACCUACCAGUCACAGACAACUCUAAUAAAUGCACUCCAGUGAAGACUUCAAAUAAGUCUCAAAAAUUUGGCAGGUCCCCAUCAAGGUUGAUUUCUCCCAACAAUAAAGAUGGCGAUAAAGAUAAAGAGAAAGAUGGAAAUGAUAGUACGUCACCCAGGACUUAUAAAUGGAGUUUCCAACUUGCUGAUCUUAAUAAUCUGACAAGUGCUGAACGGAUAGCUUUCCUACAGGACAAACUACAGGAGAUCAGAAAAUACUAUAUGUCUUUGAAAUCGGAAGUAGCAUCCAUAGAUAGGAGAAGAAAGCGAUUAAAAAAGAAAGAGAGAGAAGUUACACUUGCAGCUCCAGGUACAUCCUCAGCUUCUUCAGAAACUGGAAUGAGUCCCACUUCCUCUUCACCAGCCCAAAACAGUGUGGCAGUAGAAUGCAGGUGAUGAUGCGCCUCCAUACCCUUCCCUAUCCUUUUCCCAGCAGCCUGCUGCCAUGACACAAGUGCUAAAUACCCUGGAACAUUAGCAUAGGAAGCACUCAGCUGAUUGGACUUGAGUAUUAUCAGUAGGAUUCAAGCAAAAGUUUCCCACUCUGCCUGGUUAACUUCCAGUUCCUUUAGCACUGCAAAGCACGAAGUUGAAUGUAAUUUGGAGAUGAGACAUGCUUCACUGAUGACUACUGUCCACUCUAUUACAUGAAAUGGCACUUUGUGGAAGACUCUUGGUGAUUGAAUAAAAUGAAUGUGACCACCUUCCUCUGAAGACACUCACAGAACAAUAACUGCAAUUGAAAAAUAGCUUUGUUGGUAAUGGAACCGAGGGAGCCUAGCCCAGUCAGCUCAGUUCAUAUGUUGGGUUAAUAGUUCCAGUUCAGUCUUAGUUGUGGGAGCAUUAGCUAUCUUGAACUGCCAAAGUACACGGUGAGCAGAGUGCCCUAUUUUGUGUAAUUUGGAAAUGGGACAAAAUAGAUUGUUACAGGAAAUUUAGUGUAUUGAAAACUGAUACUGUAAUGAAAAAGUCUUCCGCUAUAUUGCUGUUGGAUUUUGAGCACAGUUAUGCAAAUGAGAUUUCUUAUUUAAGUUUUGUAAUGUUUACAGUCAUCGGAGAAGUUGGUUUUCAGUAGACUAAUUUCUGUAGCAAGACUAUUUUGUCUCUUUUUAUAUGUAAUUGCAGAGUUUUAUUUUAUUACAAAAAAGUUUCAAAUAUAUCACAACAAUGAAGUUAUUUAACAAAAAAUUUCUAGACCUGAAAAGAAUUUUGUGUAAAAUAAAAAAAUGUAUUAUCUUGCAACUUGUGAAGUAUAUUUAUUCAGACAAGGCAAUGGACAUAAUACUUGUAUUUUUUAUGUAUUUUUAAAACAAGAAAGAAAGAUAUUUUCAGACUUGGUUCGGUUUUCCAGGUUUGUUCGCUUUAAUUUACGAGAUGUUACAAACCUUGAAUUAUAAUUUCAGUCAUUUCAAAAGCAGGUUCGCUUUCCUGAAUUACAAACCUUGUAGAGUCCAGUUGGCUAGCUUUGUGGUCACACUGCCUAAUGGUAAAAUGUGUAUUAUUUGCCCCGUUAAACAAAGUUGGUUGGUCCAACAUUUAAGUCUAUGCCAAGUUGUCUACUAUCUUCAAUUCAAUUACAAUGUUUGGGAAAAACAAAUGUAGCACAACUACUACAAGGAGUGACGGUUACCGUUAGGUGGCUGUGUUGUAUUUCCAGAUCAUGGACAAGGCCAUGGUGUCUCCAUUGCAUACUUUGUAUAUAUUAACUCUUCCAGAACCAUGUAUUUAAAGAUACAGUUUGCACAUAUAUUGUGUACAGAUGUGAUUAUUUUAUCAAUUUUUAUCCACACGUACUGUACAUUGUAAGGAAUUGGUGUCCCUUCCCAAUGUUUAAUAUACUGUAGAGUAAUAGUGUGAAUGCUCUAGACUGUUUGUAUAUUAUGAUACUGUGGUUCAGAACAGCAGUGGGCCUGAGAUGGAUUGUAAUAGUAUUCCAUAGAACUGCUAACAAAUCAAUGUCCAUUCAUUUUAUGUUUGAGAUUUUUUUUGUAUUUCUUGACAGCGUGGAGUUGUAGUAGUUAUUACAAUGGAUUUUUUUUUCUUCCACAUGUAACGGAAGAGAAUAAUUUGACAAUGGCUUAACUUUCUAAAAGCAGAGCAUUUUUUUCCUCUCCACUUGCAAAACUGGUGUAUUGUAAUGUGAAAUAAAAUGGAGCUCCGUACAGAAUUUAAUAAA